AUGCCCUCUAAGGAGCAACAACUACUGCAGAAACAGCACCACCAGGAGAGAACACCAAAGAGUCCCACAAACUCUCAUGGUCCCGCACUCAAGCCGGCAUCCAUACGCCAUCAAAUAGACUCCCGUAUAGCAUCAAGACAACAUUCCUACACAUCUCUAUCAACCCUGACAUUGACGAGUCCACAUGGACGUCAGACACCGCAGGAUUCCAUUGAAUCAGAUGCCUCAGAAUCGAGUUCCUUUGUGUACUCGGGAGUGGAGACAUUGCAUAAUUUUAAUACGAUGGAUGCUAACGAUAUAAUUGGGGGGUCCAAAGUGGUUAAUUCCAAACAAACAGGUUCCUUGAAACGAACUGCCUCUGAUACACACUUAAAAAGGAAUAAUUUGUUCUCACAUACUAGGAACAGGGCACAACAACAGCAAGAGCAGCAACAGGGGUCUUUAAAACAGGGGCAAAAACAUUUUAUCAAGUUAGAUAGGGCCAAUGAUAGAGAUACACAGGACUUGGCAGAGUACACAGAUGAGAACCAAUACGAUUCCAAUCACAAGAUUUUUUCAUUUUCUUUGCCCUUUGGGAAUACUAAUACACUACCUAAUGCACCAUUAACGUUGUUGAAAAAUAUGAUCCCCUUGGGGGCUUCCAAUCCAAAGAAGGAAAUUAAAGAGAAAUUAAAGAAGAAUGGAUCCAUUUCCUCGUUGGAAGAGUUGGAAUUGUAUCAAAAUGAAAACGGUAUUGAUAAUUCCAGAUCUAGAGCCAUCAAGGAAACUUUUUCACUAGAUGGUAUUAAGGAUUCCAUCAAGUUGAUGACCUUGGAUGAGACUAAGGCGAAAACAGAGGAUGGCUAUUCCCUUGCAAGAUUGAACUCCAUAUGGACCGAGUUGGAAGGUGAUGUCGUCAUAUUAGGUGGAUAUAGAGGUUCCAUCCUGAGAGACGCUAAGACCCAUAAGAGAAUUUGGAUCCCCAUUAAGGCAGGUUUUAACAUGAUAAAUUAUGAUUUAACCAUUGGACCCAACGACGAAGAUGAGGCUCACGUAACCGAUACAAUUGUCCCCGAUGGAAUGCUUACACACGUUGGACCAGUUGACGUUGCAAAGAGAUUGAUCAAACGAUUAAGAGCCAACCCCAAUGUUAAUGUGGAAGAAUUCGGCUAUGACUGGAGAAUAUCACUAGAUAUUGUGGCAGAACAAUUGAAGGAAAAAGUACAAAAAUUGUAUGAUGCACAACCCGUGAAGAAAGGUGUCUAUUUAAUUGCCCAUUCCAUGGGUGGUCUAGUUGCACAUAAGGUUUUGCAAGACUAUACUUCUUUAGUUAGAGGUGUCAUAUAUGUGGCAGCACCAAGUGAGUGUUCCAAUAUUCUAGGUCCUAUUAGAUUUGGUGAUGAAGUACUAUGGAAUAAGGCAAUGUUGAGCAAAGAAGCAAAUUUCUUUAUGAGAAGUAGUUUUUAUUUCUUGCCUCUGGAUGGUAGGUGUUUUGUUGAUGCCAAAUCAUUAAAACGAUAUGAUCUUGACUUCUUUGAUCCUAAAGUUUGGAUUCAUUUGGGGCUUUCACCCUUGGUAAGUGAAAAGAGAUUGAAGUUGAUUGAGGCAAGGAAGAAAAAUGUUAUUGUCAACCAAACAGAAAAAUCAGGGAAUUUAAUACUGGCUACUAUAAAUGAUACUACUAGAUUUGUUCUUGGGAAUGUACCCAUCGUGAGUAAGCUUACAGGUACUCAAGAAUUUAAUCCACCUACUGAAGUUAUUGAUGAGGAUGAAUUUAAGACAUCAUACCCUGAAUGCGUGGAUUAUUUAACAAGAACUUUACAAAGAACGAAAAAAUUCUUGGAAAGUUUAGAAUAUGAUCCUACGAAGGAUUAUCCACCAUUAACUAUGGUAUAUGGUAAUAAAGUACCUACGGUACGUGGUUGUAAAGUUAGGGGACUUGAUGAUAUUAAACAUGCACACUAUGGUGAUUUCUAUUAUGGACCAGGUGAUGGUGUUGUACAUUAUAAAUGGUUAUUACCUGAACAAAGAGGGUUCCCUGUAGUGAGUAAAAUUGUAAGUGAUAUGGGUCAUGUUAGUUUAAUGACUGAUCAUAAAUCUAUGGCGAAGGCAUUCAUUGAUUUAGUAGAUGCUGAAAAGCAAAGAGAGGCGAGAAAGAAUAGAUGA